AUGCCGUUCAAACCUGUUGAAGUAGUCAAAUGCCCAAAAUGUAAUCAAAAUGUCUAUGCCGCCGAAGAAGUUCAAGCAGCUGGCAAAAAAUACCAUAAAAUGUGCUUUAAAUGCGGUUUAUGCAAAAAAAUGCUUGAAUCAACAACACUUGCUGAACAUGACGGCAAUUUAUUCUGUAAGCAAUGCUAUGCUCGUAAAUUUGGUCCUAAAGGUGUUGGUUUUGGCGGUGGAGCAGGCUGUCUUGGUAUGGAUACAGGUGAACAUCUCGGAAAUAAAAGUGGCUCAGAAAUGACAAAUAAGCCAAACUAUGCUGCACCACCGGGUUUCAAUCAAUAA